AUGUCGAGGCGCAAGCAGGCGAAACCGCAGCACAUCAACUCCGAGGAGGACCAGGGCGAGAGGCCGCCGCAGCUGCAGCAGCCGAGCCCGGGCUUCGCAGACGCGGCGCCGGCGCCGGGGGAGCCGGGUGAGUGCGGUACUUCAAUGAACCCCCCAGGCAGUGGCGAGGAUGCCACCGCAGGGGACAGAGCACCAGGAAAGCGGCCCCGGCGAGAGGAGACUCACAUCUGUGAGAAGUGCUGUGCCGAGUUCUUCAGCCUCUCCGAGUUCGUGGAGCACAAGAGAAAUUGCACUAAAAAUCCGCCUGUCCUCAUCAUGAACGACAGUGAGGGGCCAGUGCCUUCAGAUGACUUCUCCAGAGCUGUACUGAGCCACCAGCCGCCCAGCCCAAGCAGUAAAGACAGUCACAAAGAGGGUGGUGGCAGCUCAGGGGACGCCAAGGAGAAGCCAGGCCCCGAGUCCGUCCUGUACUUGAAGUCAGAGGCUAGCCUGCCACCCACGCCCCAGGACAUAAGCUAUUUACCCAAAGGCAAGGUGGCCAACACUAACGUCACUCUGCAGGCCCUCCGCGGCACCAAGGUGGCGGUGAACCAGCGGAGCGCCGAUGCCCCUCCGGCCCCGGUGCCCGUCGCCAGCAGCAUCCCGUGGGUCCUGGAGCAGAUCUUGUGUCUGCAGCAGCAGCAGCUCCAGCAGAUCCAGCUCACGGAGCAGAUCCGAGUGCAGGUGAAUAUGUGGGCUGCACACGCCCUGCACUCGGGGGUGGCGGGCGCCGACACCCUGAAGACCUUAAGCAGCCACAUGUCGCAGCAGGUGUCCGCUGCCGUAGCUCUGCUCGGCCAGAAAGCCGGAAGCCCGGCUCUGUCCCUUGAUGCUUUGAAGCAAGCCAAGCUACCUCACGCCAACAUCUCCUCCGCAGCCGGCUCCCUGUCCGCAGGGCUGGCCCCCUUCGCCUUGAAGCCAGACGGGUCCCGGGUGCUUCCCGGUGUCAUGUCUCGCCUGCCCGGCGCCCUGCUACCUCAGACCCCAGGCUCGGUGCUUUUCCAGAGCCCUUUCUCCGCUGUGGCGCUGGACCCAUCCAAGAAGGGGAAAGGGAAGCCCCCGAACAUCUCGACGGUGGAGGUCAAACCCAAAGACGAGGCUGUCCCCAGCAAGCACACGUGUAAGUACUGUAGCAAGGUUUUUGGGACCGAUAGCUCCCUGCAGAUCCACCUCCGCUCCCACACCGGAGAGAGACCCUUCGUGUGCUCUGUCUGCGGUCACCGCUUUACCACCAAGGGCAACCUCAAGGUGCACUUUCACCGACACCCCCAGGUGAAGGCAAACCCCCAGCUGUUUGCCGAGUUCCGGGACAAAGUGGCUGCAGGCUCUGGCACCCCCUAUGCACUCUCUGUCCCCGUCCCCGUAGAUGAAUUGAGUCUUCCCUUAGACAGCAAACCCAUCCUCCCAGGGACCCCUUCCAUAGGGCUCCCUCAGAAUCUCUCUUCGGGGACUAACCCCAAGGACCUCAUGGGCAGCCCCUUGCCCAUUGACUUACAGCCAGGGCCUUCUCCAGAAAGUGAGGGGGGAUCCCCACUACCUGGGGUGGGGCCAAUCCAUAAUCCCCCAAGGGUUGGGGGCUUCCAGGGAAGUAGUGCCCCCGAGUCAGGGUCAGAGACCCUGAAAUUACAGCAGUUGGUAGAGAACAUCGACAAGGCCACCAGUGACCCCAAUGAGUGUCUUAUUUGCCACCGGGUGCUCAGCUGCCAGAGCUCUCUCAAGAUGCAUUACCGCACCCACACAGGCGAGAGGCCGUUCCAGUGUAAGAUCUGUGGCCGAGCAUUUUCCACCAAAGGCAACCUGAAGACCCACCUCGGGGUUCACCGCACCAACACGUCCGUCAAGACGCAGCAUUCCUGCCCUAUCUGUCAGAAGAAGUUCACCAACGCCGUCAUGUUGCAGCAGCACAUUCGGAUGCACAUGGGCGGCCAGAUCCCCAACACGCCCCUGCCCGAGAGUCCCUGUGACUUUGCAGGUCCCGAGCCCCCCGCGGUGAUCAGUGAGAAUGGCAGUGCCGCCGUUGCCACCGCCUGCCACGAUGGUGCGGUCGAGAGCAUCGACGUAGACGAGGCCGGCUCCCAGGACCCCUCCGGUGGCCCCUCGAAGGGCUCCACGCCGCUUCCCAGCCCCCACCUGGUAUCGCCCGCCCUGGGUUUUGCUGCCAUGGCUUCUCUAGACGCGGCUGGGAAAGGGGGUCCUGUGCCCUUGAGCCUCCAGCGGCAGAGCAGUCGUGACAAUGGCUCUGUGGAGAGCGACGGCCUGACCAACGACUCAUCUUCACUCGUGGGUGACCCGGAGUAUCAGAGCCGAAGCCCGGAGGCCGUGGAAACUUUGUCCUUCCAGCCAGUGUCCCCAGCUAAUAGCCAAGCCGAAAGCGUCAAGUCCAGGUCUCCCGAGGGGAGCAAGGCCGAGGGCGCCGAGAGCCUCCGCUCCGAGAUGGAAGGUCGCACCAGUCUCCCGUCAACAUUUCUCCGAGCCCAGCCCACCUACGUCAAAGUUGAGGUCCCCGGAGCCUUUGUUGGACCCUCCAGUGCAUCCCCAGGCUUGACACCUUUGUUAGCAACGCAGCCUCGCCGACAGGCCAAGCAGCACUGCUGCACGCGCUGCGGGAAGAACUUCUCCUCCGCCAGCGCCCUCCAGAUCCACGAGCGGACCCACACCGGAGAGAAACCAUUCGUGUGCAACAUCUGCGGCCGAGCGUUCACUACCAAGGGCAACCUGAAGGUCCACUACAUGACCCACGGAACCAGCAAUAACUCUGCCCGCCGGGGGAGGAAGUUGGCUAUAGAGAACACCAUGGCGCUGCUGGGUGCAGAUGGCAAGAGAGCUCCCGAGGUGUUUCCUAAGGAAAUCGUGGCCCCCUCGGUGCGCGUGGACCCGUCGGUGUGGAGUCAGUACACCAGCAUGUUCAACGGUGGCUUGGCGAUGAAGACCAACGAGAUCUCCGUGAUCCAGAGUGGUGGCAUUCCCACCCUGCCCGUGUCCCUGGGCGCCAGCUCCGUGGUGACCAACACCACUGUGUCCAAGAUGGACGGCUCGCAGUCCGGCCUGAGUGGUGAAGUGGAGAAGCCGGGGGUACCCGACAGCGUGGCCAAGCACCAGUUCCCUCACUUCCUGGAAGAAAACAAAAUUGCAGUCAGCUGA